AGAUAUUAAAAAGCAACAAAUACGUCUUUGUAUAGUCCAAGCCACCAAGCUUGACUAUCACUUUCUGUGAUAGGCUAUCGCGAAUAAUCGUGUAUUGGUCAUCCAGAAGUCAUCGAGGCAAGACGAACUCGUCGUAGCGCUUAGUGAUAGCUAGCUAGCUGGCUAGUUAGCUUGGAAGAAGUCCAGGGCUGCGUGCAUGACCUUCACAUAUUCUCGCGUUACGUGCACGUACACCUAUAGUUUUCUUGGGAUCGUCGAACUUUCUUAUAGAAAGAUUCAAAGAUAAUAAUAUUAAAAAUAAUUUUAUUUAUAUUAUCGCUAUUCAAAUUUUACGAAACAAAUUAAUUUUAUCUCAUUAACGAUUUUUAAAAGAUUCUCACGUUCGUCUAUUCAUAAAUUAUUCAUGAAUAAAUUGUCAUAACUCAAACAAAAUCGAUUAUUAUUAAAUAUUCAAAUUUAUCGUAUUCGAAUUGCCACGCAUUUCGCUUAAACGUAAUACACACACACACACACACACACACACACAGACACAUAUAACUGCCUAAUCUAUUAUUUUCAAUUGAUGUCCCAUGAUAUCUGUCGAUAAGGAGCACAGAUAGAAGCUUGUAUUUCCGAAUUAUAAAUUAAUAAGCUUGGAGACGCUCGAAUAAUUUAUGGCGUCAUAAAGCGUAGUUGUAGUUCCAAGGAACGAUCAAUCGGACAAUGCACUUGUACGGAAAUGCGUAGAUACAUACACACACACACACACACAUAUAUAUAUAUAUAUAUGUAUGUGUACAUAGAUAUGUAUUGUAUUAUGCACUAGAUGUAUCGUCACCUGGUGAAGUAGUCAAAGAAUCAUGGAAGCGAGACGGAUGCACGUUGCCAGUUUGUAGAGGUUGAAAGAAGUCCAGAGUUUGCUGUUAACCUUCCUUCGAAGAUCAGCGAAAUGCGAGAAGGAGUAAAACGAAGAAAGGAAGAGGGAUAUACAAAAAGAAAAAAGAUACGUAUAAGCAUGGGGAAGCCCUCGCGAAGCAAACUUGUCGUUGAGUAAAACAGGUGGGGAUGAAGGCCGUUGGCUCCGUUCGUGGCAAAUGCCUCGACAACGUACCUAGACCUACAUAAACAAGAUAACGAGUUUACCAGUCGUUUCUACAUACAUACAUGCAUACGAGUGCACAUUGCAGCACAUUGGAAAAGCUGAAGAUGCAACUGACAUGGUGUAACGAAGCUCGCUCAAUCUUCCGCUCUUAGAUCGUUGCUUUUUACUCCCUAGACUCUUCUCUGUUUUUCUUGCUUGCUUGUACCAAGAAGAACCUUAGUGCAAACUCGUCGAUGUUGUACGAUCAACGUUUUCUUUUACCAUCUAAAAAAAAAAAAAAAAAAAAAAAGAAAAAAAAGAAAAAAGAAAAAGAAAAAGAACCAUUUUCAUUUAAUUGAUCUUUCAAAAAUAUCUAAUUGAUCAGCAAUGUUAAAUCAAUCAUAAAUAAUGAUAUAUUUUUUCAUUAUUUAAUUUUAAAUCAAAGAACGCAUAUUAAUUUUGAUAACAAUAUCUCAUGUGAGCAAACUAGCAUACAUUAUAAAACAGAACACAAUUAAAAUGGUAACAGUUGUGCAAGAAAAUUGCCAAUAGUGGAUGUACUUAAGUAAAUAUUUCAAGACAAAGAAACAAAGAAUAUUUUUGAAGACAAUGCAUCAUAAACUUCUGUCAAUAGUAAAUAAUGGAUUUUACUCUUAAUCUUAUCUCUAUUGUGUUAGCUCAACAAAGACAUGAAAUUUCUUAAUCGUUAUUAACAUUUCCGAAGGAAUUGAAAUCUUCGACAAAAUGGACAUUUAAUUAAUUCGUUUCUGUUAAUCUUGUCGAAUCAACAUAUUAAAGUUCUAGUCUCUAUAUUAAAUAUAAUAUAACAAAAAUGAAAAAAGAAAAGAAAAAAGAUUGAACGAGUUCUUUUAAACGAUCAUAUGGUAAUGAUAAAUCUUAUUUCAGAUAGGACCAUUUCCGGUGUCGAUCCUCGCGAGAUGUGGACGAGCAGGAGCAUGGGUCUCCUGAUAACGACAAUGAUCGUUCUGAUUGGCGAUCGAACGACGAAUUCUCAAAAGCCUCGUCUUGGUGGUGCCGUAAACGUCUUCACUCGCUACGGUUACCUCAGCAUCAGUAUGAGGGUUGUGCCGCGUAACGACACGGACACUUGGAUAUUUCGCGAGCCAACUUUGGAUGUCUUUAGGAAUCCAAUGGCGAUGCCACCGAAUCAAUUACAGCAAGGAAAAUCUAUGACAAACGUAUUCGAUGGUGAUUUUCACAUGGAAUUUUGUGACAACGUAAGACAACUCCUACAGGCAUACUUCCGUGAUUUCGCUUUCGAGAAAUUAGAAAGACCCUGGCGAGCGUUCACUGGCAGUUGGUCCAAGGCCGCCAUAGCUAGGCAUCUUGGUAUCAACUCGUCUUUCAUCGGUGGUGAUUAUUGUUAUGUCCUUGUACGGGUCGCCAGAUUUCGAGAUAAUCAGAAAUUAGUUGCCACUGCUGAAUCUUUACUCCUUGAUGAAGUUGUACUCAGGGAAACAGAAAACGUCACAGUUGGUGAUACCUUUAGUGUCGUUAACUUCAUCAGGAAUUAUGGCUCUCAUUAUAUCGCUUCUUAUAUCACUGGAAAUUCACUCUAUCAGGUAUUUGUUUAUACCCCUCAAGUAUAUCUACGUAUAAAAGAACGUUUGAAAACACGGGGUGUCUCGGAGCUUUCGACCUUGGAACUGAACAAUUAUUUCUCACCUUGGUACGCUGAACAUAUGGGUGCCAUACAAUCCGCUAGUGGUAAUCGUUCAGUAGAAGCUUGGGCUGUCGAGAGACUCCGAGUACAGUAUUACAUCUUCUCGUAUGCGAGCUUGUUGAAGCUUCAUGGUGAUGCGGCCUUGCUUAGACAAUUGGAUGGCUUGCUCGGAAACGAGGCACUGUUACAACUCCAACUUCGUACCUUGGCGCCAGUUUUUAAGGAUUCGAAGAGACGCGAGUGGUUCCUAGAAGUGAUCGAUAAUUAUUUUAAGCUUUGGGAAGUGAACAUGUGAAGAGAUGAUCAAAUAGCGACUCGACGAGAAUGCUACGUCGUAAAGAAAAAAGAAAAAAGAAAAAAGAAAAAAAGAAAAAAAAAAGAAAAAAGAAGUUUCGUUUCAUUGUGAUUCGCGUCCAAGUUAAGGACGUUAGAGGAAUAUGGUGGUACGAUCUUCGAGAUGAUUCGGCUGAUGAUCGAAAACCGGUUCGGUGAUUCCAUGGAUUUCCUCUUUGAUUAAACGUUCCUGGAAGCCGUACUAAACUAUAUAUUACGUACACUUUUCACGUAUUUAGCCCAAACUGUUAUUGUUAUAAAUAAGUAUUUAUUAUUAUAAUCGUUAAUAGAAAACAUUUUUAUACAAAAAGUUUUUCAUAUAUCACAAGCGUUAUUCAAUAAGAUCUCUGAUCGGAAAACGCACUGAUUGGAACGCGUCACAUAGAAAAUCGAUCCAUCGAAUUAAUAUUUUCAUCGUGAUUUUCUUGAAUAAGAAGGAACGAAAAUGAGUUCAAUUAGUAAUGAAUCAAUCGCACUCGAUGGAUUGCUUCUAAGUUUAAAGAUUUAUAACGCGUUGCACAUUAUAACAGGCUAUUUUCUGUUAAAUAAAACAGCGGCGUUUUCCGUUUGAUUAUUUACCUUAAUUCAUUUGAUAUUAGGAUUAAAUUAUCUGACGUAAUUCGUUUUACGAUUACACAUGUUGGACGGUAAUGAUGAUAAUUGUUAUCGUCGUUAUUUUUGUUUUUUUUUUCUUUAUAUACGUAUAUAUAUAAAUAUAUAUAUAUAUAUAUAUACAAGAGAAAAACUUAUUCUAUUGGCACGAUGAACCUACUGGGGAUUAGAUAUUAGAAAACAAUGCGAACUUUGUGAUUUUACGCAGUUUUCUAUUAUUAUACACGAUUACUGCCGGAUUGAAUAUGUUUUUAUCGAAAUUUGAUCGUAUUAUAUUAUAGUAUUUUAAAUGAUAAAAAAGAACGCUAUUAACGCGUAUCAAUUCUCGUAUAUUGUGCUCUUUAAAAAGUAUUUCGAUAAAAGACUUGUAUAUAUUGUUUAUCGGUAGAAUUAUUUGUUGUACGUUUAUCAUACAUAGAUGGGUCAAGUUAAACUUAUGCAAACUGUAUAAUUGUAUCGACUCGAUAUUUAGAUUGUCUUUAGAAUAUUGUGCUUUAAAUUUUUUUCUCAGGUUACGGACAAUGAAAGUAUCUAUACGUAUAUAUUUUCUAUAAAGAGUAUCACUAUUAAUUGACAUCUAUAACAAGAAAGAAAAAAAAAAAAAAAAAUACUUUCAAAUAUUGCAAAGUGACGUGCUUUUUAUAUCACACAUAUAUUCAACGCCAUCGAUUAUAGGACUCGGAGCUCACUGUGUGUUUUUUACCAUGUAAUCAGUGAACAUUCUUAAUACGAUACAACAUGAUAAUACAAUAACUUAGUGUAACGUAAACAUAUCAAACAUGUUUUCAAGAGUCUUCAACAAUCAACGUAAAUAAUAGACUGAAAAUACAUCCUAUAAUACAAAUACCAUAUGAGUAACUCUUUCUAUUUUAAAUGAAAUGGAUGUUUGUGCUAAAGUAAUCCAUCAAAAGUCUAUAGUAAGUAAAGUUUCAACGUGCAACAGCACGAAAAUAAUUAAAAAUAUAUAAAACACGUUAUAAACUAAUUAGAAUCUUAUUUACCGCAAUAUUGAAAAUUAUUACUCGCAAAGAUCUUUUUUCCAAGCUUUUUCUAAUACCAUCUUAUUUUCUUCAUACAGUUAAAUAAAAUUUAACUGUAUGAAAUUACGAUAAUGCGGUAAUUAAUAUUCAUGAAAUUAUUUCGAUAUUUGCUUUAAAAAUUUAUCUCAGUCGGUCUUUUUAAAGGUAUGUAGCUUAACUCCAGCUUGUUGUUCAAUACCCAAUUUUUUUCCAUUAACAACUAAUAUGA